ACCCAACAAACUCAGACAGUUUCGAUUUCGGCAUUGUUUCCAAUUUCGGCAUUGUCGAUGAUGGAUCAGCAAGAGGAGGGAGGCGGGGGUGGCGGAGGAAUCACAAUUGGGGAAGCAUUGGAAGCGACGGCUCUAGCAGUAGGGCAGAAGCCGGUGGAAUGGAGUGAUGCUGCAGCAAUCCAGGCGGCCGAGGUGAGGGCGACUGGGCGGAUGAAUAUAACUCCGGGAGGUGUCGCCGCCACUGCACAGUCGGCCGCCACUUUGAAUGCUCGAAUAGCUCGGGAUGAGGAUAAGACCAAACUCGCCGACAUUCUAAAGGAUGCAAGAUCAAAGUUACCAGCGGAUAGACCGGCAACACGACGGGAUGCGGAAGGGGUCGCUGGAGCCGAGAUGAGGAACGACCCGCUUCUCACAACACAUCCAACAGGUGUGGCGGCGUCAGUGGCGGCGGCAGCUAGGCUCAACCAGAGCCAUCGUAAAUUGCCGUGACUAUUUAUUGUUUUAUUUCUUAUUUAUUUAUUUAUUUAUUAAAAAGAAAGAUCUU